UCAGCCAAUCAAACGGCAGCUCUUCCGUCUCGGGGUGACCGACAGACGGGGGGUACGCGGAUGCUGUCGGAGCUCCAAAGAGACGACAAUGACAAGAACAUGAUCAACGCUGAUGGCUUCUCAAAAUGCGAGGAAACCAGGCAAGAGAGAGGCCGGCGGAGGCCCCCCGCAGAGACGCUUCACCUGCUGUCCGCUGUCAUUGUGUGGCUGGUGACCGGAACCACCAUCUCCAGCCUCAACAAAUGGAUUUUUGCUGUUUACAACUUCAGGUACCCCCUGCUGCUGUCAGCGUUGCACAUGCUGACAGCCAUAGUUGUGGACUACGGGCUGAUCAAACUGCGGGUGAUCCACCACGGAGAUCCCGUGGAACAGGAUCUGUCCAUCAACGCCAAGUGUAAAGUGUUCCUGUUGAGUCUGACGUUUUGCUCCAGUAUCGCCUUCGGGAACAUCGGGCUGAACUAUGUCCAGCUGUCAUUUGCACAAAUGAUUUACACCACCACUCCGCUCUUCACGCUCAUCAUCUCCACGCUGAUCCUGGGGAAGCAGCAUCACAUCAUCAAAUACACAGCCAUGAUGCCCAUCUGCCUGGGCGCUUCCUUCAGCAUCAUGGGAGAAGUCCAAUUCGAUCAGACCGGCUGCUUCUUUGUGGUCGCUGCGACCAUGUUGAGGGGCGUCAAAUCUGUUCAACAGAGCAUUCUUCUUCAGGAGGAGAAAAUCAACUCUGUUUUCCUGCUUUACCUGAUGUCCAUUCCCAGUUUCUGUAUCCUGGCUGUGGCCGCUCUGGCUUUGGAAAACUGGGCCUUGCUUGAGUCGCCGUUCCAUUACGACUGCCACCUCUGGGUGUUCAUCGUGCUCAGCUGCCUGGGCUCGGUCAUGUACAACUUGGCCAGCUGCAUCGUCAUCACCCUUACCUCAGCCGUCACGCUGCACAUCCUCGGCAACCUGAACGUGGUGGGAAACCUGCUGCUGUCUCAGCUGCUCUUCGGCAGCGAGCUGUCCACGCUGAGUUGCGCCGGCGCUGUGCUGACGUUGUCCGGCAUGCUCAUCUAUCAAAACUCCGAGUUUAUCGUCAGCUACCUGGAUGCACGCCAAGCUAACGCUAAAGGGGCAGAGCGGCUGGAUUUUCACAAUCCACAAAGCGAGAACUUUGGUCACGCUCAUGGUUCUGAGAUGUUGUGUCCUCAGGGAAGUACAGAUGGGACGCAGAAAGACAAGACGGACUGAGCUGGAAGGGUGAAGGGGAGAGUAAACUGUUGAACUUUCAAAUUGUAUACUCCGAGUGUUCGAAUCGCAGAGCUCAUUAUGACCUUGUGAGGUCAGAGUUUGUGUGACCUUGUGAGGCCAUCCUUACUGAUGAUGUGCCACAUCUUUUAAACCUCAGUUUAUUAUUAUUAUUAAUUUAUUUGUUUAGUUACCUUCACACUCUGCCAUCUUAUUUCUGCUUUGGUCACAAAGUCUUCACUUAUUUCAGUGAAUGAUAAAUUCUCUCCUGUGUGUGUGUGUGUGCGUGCGUGUGUGUGCGUGCGUGUGUCACACCCGCACAGCCUGGAGCAGAAUAUGCAUGCAUGAGCACACUUUAGCUCUCUGAUACCUCAUCAGGUGAUCAAACUGUCAAACUAUUUCACUGUGAAAGUGUCCUCUUUGUCAUAGGGCUCAAAAUGCAGUUUUAAACAGGGGGUGUAGGUUUUGUAGAAUAUUAUAAUGUGGUGGUGGAGGAGGAAGCACUCUGCCUGAAGUUGGAACAGGCACAAUUUGUAUUUAAAAAAAACCAAACAAUUAAAAGCUAUAUUUAUGGUACUAAUAACUGGCAGGCACCUGGUCCUGCUAUAGGAAAUGGUUUUUGGGCAGCUUUGUUGUUGUUGUUGUUAUUUAUUGUGUGACUGCCAGUGGGGGGCACAAUUCAGCUAACCAGCUAACAGCUAAUUUGGGGAAGCUAGCUUUUUCAAUAAUGGGUUAGCUUUUCAGCUAACUUAAAAAAGCUUAAUGGACCAGUUAGCUUCCACAAGAUUCAUUUCAACUAAGUUUAAGUGAGCUAAAGUUUAGUUGUCAAAAAUGUUUGUAAGCUCUAAAAUCAAACAUAUUUGUUCCUUGGUUAUCAUUUUGUGGAACCUCCAUGAUGACACUUCAACAUAUUAAAAUUUCAGCCCUGUAGUUUUUCAGUGUUUUAGAGAGAGAGAGAAAAAAAAGCCCAAGCUAAAUUCAUAUAAUAAAAGUUAGCAGUAGCUUGAGCUAAGUAUUUUAGCAUCUGAGGAUUAUCACAGUUAACAUUUCAGUUAGCGGGUUAGCAGUGAUUGAAGCUAACUUUUAGCUUAGCUGUGCCCACCACUGGUAACUAGCUUCUUAAAUAUUCGAGCUGUUGUGUUUGUAGGGGAUAAUACUUUUGUUAAAGUUCUGGACACAUGCAGGACAACAUUUCUGUGCAAUAGCGUGGUUUGCCAGUCCUCCUUCUGAGUCCUGGGCUCAGUUAUUUUGUCUUUGUCCCAUUGUCGUCUCACUUUUUGACUUUUUCAGUUAAGUCCUACAUUUUGUUCUCAUACCAACUUGAAAAACCUCUGUGGAAUUGAUCCAAUUAUUUCAGCCUCUCUGCAGCGUAGCUCUAUAAUUAGACUUGUAUGCUCUGUAAGGAGUGCCACUCAACUUUAACCCCGUGGAAGACAUGAGCUGUGUGUUCUUGUCACAUCUUAAAAAUGAAAAAAACUGGUGUCAAAAGUUAAUUCACCAGCACGUAUAAUUUCUGCAGGACAGUAUUUUGUCAGUAUUUUUGUUUGAGUAAAAUAUUUAUUUUUGGGUGGCCAUAAGAUCCAACAGUUUUCUAAUAUUUUUAGACUUUAACCCUUCGGUUUCUUGCAACCUUAUUACUGUAUGCUAGUAUAAAUAGUCUCCUGCUGGAAAGGGGACUCAGAAUGAUUUUUGAAUCUUGCAUUCAGGAAAUGAUUGUGGAUUCUGUCCAGGCUGUAAAAUGUCGUACAAGGUGGAUCCUGUGUCAAGGAUCCUAUGAGUCUAGAGCAGGCAUAGAGUCAAGACCUUCACAUUAUGUGAGGGUCUUUGUUAUCUGAUCCGUGUAUUACUGUAGUGAGAGGUACAUCCCAACAUGUUCCUGGGUGUUGGACUCAGUCACUGAGUGCCUCACCCCUAAUUCAAUUUGGGAUUUUCAUGGACAGGGUCUUAAGUGAGUAGCUGUUAUUUUAGUUUCAAGCUUGCACUAAACACUUUUUGCAGGGGAUGUAGUUCUGCUGGCUUAGAACAUGGAACGCAAUGGAAAUAGUAGUUGUCACUUCAGAUGGAUGUGGUAAGAGACAGAUUGGAUAGUUAAUCACAGACAGAAGUGGCACAGUGUCCUUCUGGACAAGAUGUUCUAGGAAGCUCCAAGUGGACCCAGAACACACUGGCGAGAUUACAUGUCCAAUUUGGCCGUGUGAGUCUGCGCUUGCUGAAAAUAUCAUAAAUGUUCCGGAAUACCGCUCAAAACUCUCAGCUGUGUGUACAUUAGCUGUAUCAAAUGUUUACACUGGAAACUUGUUUCUGUCACACUGUUAAGCUGAUUCUCUCUGUGAACCUGACACCAUCUGUUUCAUCGUCUCAUAUGCUCAACUCUCAGUCAAAAACAAAGCAAUACGGAGGAUUGUAUGGCAAAAGAUUUCACUUGAUGUGUCUGCGAUUUCAAAUUUCAAGGGUGCCAUUUAUAGCUCAGAUAAAAUGUCUUGCUGUCUUUGUUGGAGUUAUGAUUUUGAAUACUCAGAAGGGCAGAUUUCAACCAGGUUUAAUCAUUAUGGAGAGCAGAAUGUGUCCCUGGUUAUCCAGUGCUGAGUACUUCAACUGCUUUGUGUUUAUUGGGUUGAGUCAUCUCGUUUUGCAUUCUUAGUUUGGGCAGUUAGACAAGUUUAUUUGCACUGACAAGUUAGAACGCCCUUAAAUCUGAUGGUUUCUGUGUAUAGUGUGGAUUUUUUUGCAAAGCUCCUUGGGUGUAAAUAUUUUUUAUUUAUGGAUUUUAUCAUCAUAAAGGUGGAAGAAUG